CCUUUCUUCGUAAGAAAAUCCGUUGUGUCUCGCCUUGCGUAAUUACGUGUUAUUGGAGCCGGUGCUGAUGCUUUUAUCUCCUGCCGUUCUAGCUGAUUUCUCUUAUCUGUUUUCUUCUUUCCUUAUCAUUCCCCUCUCUUGUGUAUGGGUUAGAUCGGCUGCGUCUCUUGUUUUUUGUUGCUGGUCCAUCAUCUUGGAAUUGUUAUAUAGCAGUCUACCGUUGGUGCACCAGAUGUUUGUUAAUUUGCUGCAGUGAUCUGUUCAUAGAAAACGUAGCAUCUUUUUUGGUCCCGAGUGCUGGCUUAUGCCUGCUAAUCUUAGCAGACGUGUUUCCAGAAGUGCAGCCUUUAUGGCAGAGGAAGAGGAUGAUAUCUCUGCCCUACUUUCUGAACCCAAUGGAUCUGAUGAGGUGGUUGAGCUCUCCGAUGCCAUCUCUACUGUGCUUUCUCUAUCCACUAAAUCUGAUGAGAAGGCAGAGGAGCUCUCGCCGGAGGAGGCUGCCUGGGUGGACUCCUGCCUGGUGGCCAAUCCGGAGCUCUCAGAUGAUGAAUGGACAGAACUGAGAGAUGCGCUGCUGGACACCCUAAGUGCCUAUCCGACAUCUUAUGAAACCCUCUCUACUGCCAAUGUCAAUGGAACACUGGACGAGCUCAAAGAGAGCAACGACGAAUGCGCUUACACAGGCGAGGAGGCAGAACCAGCACUAAUUCAUGUCGAAGGGCAUCGCUUGUCUGAAGAUGACACGCAGAGAGAUGGAGCUGCGGAUGUGGAAGCCUCGGUGGUGGAUAUUCAAGAGGAUAUCGAGUCUCGUGAGAAUAUUUUCAAGGUCUGGGAUCUUGCGACGCCAUCUCCAGACGAGGAGGAUGAUGACGAGCUCAUCAAACAGCUGAAGCAACUUCUUGCAGGGAGCGGCCUGCAGGAUCUGUCGCAGCCUCUGGAUGAUCCCAGCACAGCUCUGAGCCAAGAAAAGGUUGACGAACUUGUUGCGGGGAUGGAUGAUCUGUCGCUUGAAACAUGCAAGGAUUGAAGCGAUGAGGUCUUGCUGGACCUCCACCCGUGUCUUAAAAUGGGUGCAGAUUUGGUAGAUUUGUUUUCAAGCAUCUUGUUAGUAGAGUUGGCGUCUUGAUUUCUUCAGUCUUGCUUGUAUAUGCCCUCGUCCACUUGAUCUCUUCGUGAAACCUUGAUUGAAUCUCUAGGCAUGGCGGAUAUUAAUUUGCAUUCAUGUCCCCUUCUGUGGGCAAGCAAUUUCACUGGCAUAUUCUUCUUCAAAGGCCCACAUGAGAGUAUUAUGCUUUGCAUCUAUGCCGCUGCAAUCAAAGUUGAGCUCCACGCCAA